CCCCUGAACUCUGCGCUCUGUGCACGACACACCCCUGAACUCUGCACUCUGUGCAUGGCACACCCCUCAACCCUGCGCUCUGUACACGGCACACCCCUGAACUCUGCGCUCUGUACGCGGCGCACCCCUGAACUCUGCACUCUGUACACGGCACACCCCUGAACUCUGCGCUCUAUGUGGGCAUGGCACCUAUUCUCAGCAGUCUCUGGUCAUCUCCUGUACUGUGUCCGCAGUCUCUGGUCAUCUCUUGUACUGUGUCCGCAGUCCCCGGUCAUCUCCUGUACUGUGUCCGCAGUCUCUGGUCAUCUCCUGUACUGUGUCUGCAGUCUCUGGUCAUCUCCUGUACUAUGUCCGCAGUCUCUGGUCAUCUCCUGUACUGUGUCCGCAGUCUCUGGUCAUCUCCUGUACUGUGUCCGCAGUCUCUGGUCAUCUCCUGUACUGUGUCCGCAGUCUCUGGUCAUCUCCUGUACUGUGUCUGCAGUCUCUGGUCAUCUCCUGUACUAUGUCCGCAGUCUCUGGUCAUCUCCUGUACUGUGUCCGCAGUCUCUGGUCAUUUCC